AUGGAUGCAGGAGGAGAAUUUCGGGGUUUGAUUUGCGACCCGACCAUCGGUAUUCAAUCCAAAGGGGUGUUUUUCGGCGAUAAUCCGUUCAAAUUCUCGACUCCGGCUCUCAUGUCUCAGAUGUCUCUCUCCUCCCUUGUCAUUGCCGCCCUUCAGUUCUUCCUCACUCCCCUUGGCCAAAGCGCUUUUGUCUCCCAAAUCAUUGGUGGUAUAGUAUUGGGAGCUUCGUUUGUGGAGGGGAACACAUUACUCAAAAAAAUGUUCUUCUCGAAGAAAAGCUCAUACGUGAACCAGACGGUCUCGCUCUUCGGCUGCAUGCUCUUCCUCUUCCUUGUCGGGGUCAAAACCGACCCAAGCAUGAUAAGAAAAUCGGGCAAGAAGGCGGUGGCCAUUGGCCUGUCCGCCUUCUUCGUCCCGCUACUCAUCAACACCGUCCUCGUCACCGUCCUCUCCCGCUGCAUCCCGAUGGAACCAGCCCUCCAGAAGUCCCUCCUCGUCGUGGCCGCUCUUCAAUCCGUGAGCUCGUACCACGUGAUCGCCUGCCUCCUCGCCGACCUGAAGCUCCUCAACUCGGAGCUCGGCCGCCUCGCCGUGUCGACGUCGAUGGUCAGCGGCACCUGCAGCUGGUUCUGGGUAGUGCUGGUGUUCGCCGUCAACCAUGGGAGUGGCAAUUCCAGGCACGUGUGGAUGACACUGUGCCUCAUUGCCAUGCUCAUUCUGAUAAUAUGCAUCCUCAGGCCCAUUUUGAUCUGGAUAGUUCGGCAUACGGCCCAAGAAAAGCCGAUUAAGGAGGGGUACAUAGUAGUGGUGUUCCUCAUGGUGACGGGAUGCUCCUUCUUCGGGGAGGUGGUGGGCCAGCACUUCCUGUUUGGGCCAAUGUUGUUGGGCCUGGCGGUGCCGGAUGGGCCGCCGUUGGGCUCGGCCCUGGUGGAGAAGCUGGACACGUAUGUGUCAAACAUUCUGCUGCCCAUAUACUUUGUGGUGAGUUGUGGGAGGAUGAAUUUGGGAGUGAUAGAGAUGAAGAAUUUUGGGGUGCUUCAGAUGGUGGGGGUGGUGGGGGCGGUCGGGAAACUCAUAGGGACAAUUGUGCCCUCGCUCUAUUACAAAAUUCCAUUGGAGGACUCCUUCUGCCUGGGACUUGUGAUGAGCGCCCAAGGCAUCAUUGAGGUUCAAGUUCUAACUCGAGCCAUGCUUCUCAACAUGGUGGAUGAACAAUCAUACACGAUCAUGGUCAUAUCAAUGGUGCUAACAACUGGAACCAUCUCCCCCAUCCUCAAACUCCUCUACCGCCCCUCUCACCGGUACAUGACCCACAAGAAAAGAACCAUCCAGCAGAGCCGCCGGGACGCCGAGCUCCGCCUGCUGGCCUGCAUCCACCACGAGCGCACCACCCCAUCCCUCAUCAGCCUCCUCAAGCUCUCCAACCCCACCCCCAAAACCCCCAUCUCCUUCUACCUCGUCCACCUCCUCCAGCUCUCCGGCCGCUCCUCACCACUCCUCGUCGCCCACCACCCCAAGCGGCGGCGCUCCUCCCACUCCUCCUCUUCCGACCACAUCGUCAACGCCUUCCGCUCCUUCGAGCAACAAAACCGCGGCACCGUCACCGUCAGUCCCUUCACCGCCAUCUCCGCCUACGCCACCAUGCACGACGACGUCUGCGAGCUCGCCGCCACCAAGCGGGCCGCCAUGGUGCUCGUCCCCUUCCACAAACACUACAUGGAGGAAGUGGACACCGACGCUGCUAUCCAAAGCGUAAACCGAAAUAUCCUCCGGAAGGCGCCUUGUUCCGUCGGCAUCCUCGUCGACAAAACGGUCACAUCGAAAGAGGACUUCCGCAGCGUCGGCGUGAUCUUCCUCGGCGGGGCGGAUGACCGGGAGGUCCUGGCGUACGCCCUGCGCAUGGCCGGGAAUCCCGACGUCAAUGUCACCGUCCUCCGUUACGUCAUGAUCAGCAGCAAGAAAACCUCAUACAGCAGCAAAAACGUAAAGGAAAAGGAAAUGGACGAUUUCAUGAUAAGGGAAUUCAGGAAGCAGAGUGAAGGCAACAAGCGACAUAUUUACAAGGAGGAGAAGGUGAAGGACAGCGUGGGAAUGGUGGAGGCGAUCAGAUCUGCGGAGAAGAGUUCGUUCGAUUUGAUAAUGGCGGGAAGGAGGCACACCGGUGCCGAGUCGCCGUUGUUGGCGGGGAUAACGGCGUGGGAGGAGUUUCCGGAGCUGGGCGUGAUUGGAGACAUGCUGAGGUCGUCGGAUUCCGAUUGCAGUGCGUCGGUGUUGGUGGUGCAGCAGCAGGUGCUAGCAGGCGACAGAGCCGUGCCGGAGAGUCCGAAGCACUUGAUGAAGAGUUCGUUUGCGGUGGUGGACAUUCCCAAGGACGGCGGCGGUAAUAAAGUGUGGCCGGUUUCUUCUUGAGGAAAUGGCGACGCGGGUGUCAUGAUCGGAAUGUCUAUUUUUGUCGACGAGAACUUAUUUUUACGACGGUAGCCCAUUGUGAGUAAAAGUGCGCCGUCCUGUGGUUAGUUGUGGAUAAGAAUCAUAAGAUCUAACCAAUGAGAGAGGAGUCUCACCAUUUUCCUUGUUGAAAUUAUUAGCAUUUUAAAUUUUCCUUAAA